AGUUGUAGGACCCGGAAGUAAAUGUACGCAGCAGCUUCUUUUUUUUUGCGCCAGCGAGAAAUAUUUUGAAUACAUUUUCAAAGUUGUUUUAUAAAAUGGGAGUUACAUGUGUGUGUCAGGUGCCGGUGGUGGAGGGGAAGAGUGUCCAGCAGACGGUGGAGCAGCUGCAUAAGAGACUGGAGCAGCUCGGGGCAGUGAAACAGGGCAGCUUCUUUGUGGAUUGUGAGACCUAUCAUGCUACAACAAACACUGGAGCUCAGCCCUCUAAGCUCCUGUACGUGAUGCAUAACUCGGAGACACCUCUCAGUUGUCUGGCUCUGUUUGAUGGCGGCCCCACGCUGGCGGCAGACGCUAACUUCGACGUGCUCAUGGUGAAGCUGAAGAGCCACUUCCAGAACGCUAAGGGACACAAGGUGGAGAGCCGCGGCGCCCGCUAUCGCUAUGCCGACUUCCUGAUUAAGGUCGGCACGGUAACAAUGAGCUCCAGCGCUCGGGGGAUCUCAGUGGAGGUGGAGUACUCCGCUUGUGUGGUUCCUGGUGACUGUUGGAACCUGAUGAAGGAGUUCAUGCAGAGUUUUCUUGGCUCCAGCGUUCCUGACCUGCCCUCUGUGUUCAGCAGUAAGGCCGAGGGUCUGUUCGCUCCGGCCGACUGCAUGGACACUAUGAACCAGUACCUCGAGCUCUUCAGCAAAAUCCGCAAACAGCAGGUGCUGCCGGGGAGCGGAGUGCGCUGAGAGCUACACACACACACACACACACACACACACACACACACACACACACACACACACACACAUACGCAUGCACAAAGAAACAUAGUCCAGGCUGGAAAGAAGAAACCACACACACAAGUCUUCCAGCUCUGGACCAGGACAAGAGCUGUAAAACUUCACAACUCACACUUCCAGUGUCUCAGCUGUGUUUUCUAACAGACAUUGUGACUGAACUUUGAUGGGGUUUUCUUUUGUAAAGAAAACGUCAAUUUUUAAAAAAUAAAGAAUUGAGUUGAUUUGUCCUGUGGCAUUAAUAUCGUUAUUUAUUAAGUAAGCAAUAAAAAACGAUGGAGCCCUUAUGCAUGCUGACACAAAGCGCGGUUACUGCCACCAUCCCAAAGCCGACUCUUUUCUUAUAACAUCACGUCAUCCUUUUAAUGUUGUGAAACAAGUGAGUUCCUGUUCUCGCUAAUGUUACAGCAGUUCUAAACAGUC